AAGUAUUUUCAUCUGUGAAAAUAAUUGGUCAAAGUGACAAUGUCAUUUGUCAACAUUCAAAAAUCGGAGAAUGAAAGUGGAGGGAAGUUAAUUAUAGUUAUGAGUCAGUUUUAGUUUAGUUUUUCCGCUUGCUUUAAAGGGAGACGACUGCUUAUUUACAUAUAUAAAUAUUUGCUGAGAUAAGCAAUUUAGUGGGGACUACAUAUUACCGUCGCAGCGCACAAACCGGUCAGUAGAUCGGUUUACCUCGCCUAACGCGUGACAUUGCAUUCAUUCCUUGCAAAUGUUUCAAUGAUUCUGUGAAAAUUUGUGUUCAAACUUAAUUCAAAACUUUUAACAAUGCGUGUAAUCGCUUUCGUAUUCGUUCUGUUCGGUUUAUGUUACACUCAGACGAACAUAAAUCAAUCUAGCCUUCAUCAUGGACUUACGGAGAGGAUUGGUAAUUUUUCCAUCGAAAUGCUUUAUCAUACGACGACCAUGCAAACUCCAGUUGACAACCUUGUAAUGUCACCGUUUACACUAUGGACAGUGUUAGCUGUAAUCGCCGAAGGUGCUUCUGGUGAGACGUUAAGAGAAAUUAGUCAUGCUAUAAGAGUUGCGCCUAAACUAAGAGCUAAAACCAGAGAAGACUUCGGUAAUAUAGCCAAAUGGUUACAAGUAAACACAUCUACUGUUGAUUUAGAAAAAUUUAAUGCUAUUUUUGUUGAUGAAAAAAAAUUACCACUCAACGAUUUUAUUUCAAUCGUAAAUCAGUAUGAUACUAAAUUGGUUAAACUCAAUUUCACGGGCAGUCAAACUUCAGAACUAAUAAAUAGAGCGAUAGAUAAAGUAACACAUGGAAAGAUUCCUAAUUUAACAGAUCCUGGUGAUUUUGCGGAAACUCAAAUGAUUUUAACAAGUGCUUUAUACUUCAAAGGGCAAUGGACCGUGCCUUUUAACAAAAGUUCAACAUCAAAACAACCAUUCUAUGACAGCCAUAGUAAAAAGAUAGGAGAAGUUAACAUGAUGUAUAAUAGACACACAUAUCCAUUUGCCAACGUAAUGCCAUUAAAUGCCAGAGUAAUAGAAAUACCUUAUGGUAAAGAAAAUCGUUUAUCCAUGCUUAUAAUGUUACCUAACCCAGGUGUGUCUCUACAAGACAUGUUUCUCAACUUCAACAACGUCCCUAUAGACACAAUUUUUGAGAAUCUAAAACAAUCGACUGAAGAAUAUGGUGAUGAAGAAGUAGAUUGUUUUAUCCCUCGCUUCAAGAUUGAAUCAAAUAUAGAUUUGAUGGAAACAUUAAAAAGACAGUUGAAUAUAAAAGAUUUGUUUGAUGAAUCUAAAGUUAGUCUUCCGUUUAUAUCAAGGAUACCGAUGUAUGUUACUAAAGUUUCACACAAAGCGGCUAUCGAAGUGACAGAAGAAGGUACGGAGGCAGCGGCUGUUACUGCAGCGGAGUUCACAAAUCGUAUCGGUGUUGCUAGAUUUGAAGCUAACAGACCUUUUUGCUAUCUAAUCAUAGAGAAAACAACAAACUCUAUUGUGUUUGGUGGAUUUUAUCAAUAUCCAUCUUUAUUUUAAUACAUAAAUUAUUUUUUUUAUCUUUUUAAAUGUCACAAACAUUUGAGAAUAGUCUAUAUUGAAGUCCUUGAUUUUAUAAGCGGUAAUACCACUUUUAGUUCAUUUGAAUUGUAAAAAAGGCUAAUAUAUUUUAUAAUAAUACUUAUCAUAAGUUUUCUGAUUAUGCACUUGCACAGAACCAGUAUUUUUUUAAAAGGAAUAUAAGGAAUAGCAACACAUUUUUCCAAGUUUUUCAGGAUUUACCACAUAGUUUACACACAAUGUAAAUCUUCUGUGUUGACUCUAUA